UUUUGAUGCCGAAACGCGCGUAAAUUAAAUUUAUGUAAGAUAUUCUAAAAGCGUGUUGGCCCGGGCGGCGGGCGCGGUACCGCAAUUCUCAUUUUCACAGCUUAGUCCCGCAACCACCCGCAAACGGAAGGAGCAAACAUGUACCAGAAAUUAUCGAACACGCUGGUUGAGAGCUUUUGAUCUUCAAGCAAAUAUCAGAAGCUGAGCUGGAAAUUCCUUUACAAGGCGAGGAGUUUCAGCCACGACCCAUGGCCAAUGAAGUCAAUCAUCACCGGCGCUCAACCUCAACGUUUCAACUCUCAUCUAACUUACUCUGGGUGCUGUGUUUGUAUCCCAAAUCAAGUUCUUCCGAAGCCUCGAUAUGCUUACGGAGCCUGUUUGAGCCUAGUUUUCUUCAAACCGAUCUGAUCAUCACCGUCAGCCCAAGCUAUGCACCCUUCUGAGGCUCUGGAUAUACAUAUAUUUGAAGACCGUCUGAAAGGAUAGGAGUCAACUUUAAAACUAUUCGGUUUGAGGGAACACAGGAAGUGGAUAUCAUACUACAGCGAGAUUGAUCAGAUCAGGAUCCGGUAGAAGAGUGGUUUCGCAGUCGAUAGACGGUCCGACCUGGGAUUGCAAUGUCGAACACCACAGGAAGCCCGCUUACAUUCCCUCCUCCUCCGCCUCCGGGUUUGAACUAUAUCGAAGCAAUCCGACCCUCACUCAAUUUUAUUCUCGUUAUUACCCCUCUCGGAGCAGCCUUGGUCCCACUCAUCAUCACGUUACUCUUCUUUUCCACCCCCGAAGUCCGACGGCGCCCCGUGUUCAUUCUCAACAUCCUCGCAUGCUGCAGUGGCAUCUGCGAAGCAGCAAUCAACGCUGCUCUCGAAACAAAACAGAUCCUCUACCCUCUCCAGCCAGUUUCUAAGGAACUACUCACAGGAGUCAUAGUGUUUGCAAUGGUCUCUCCUGUGUUUAUCGACUCCAUCCUUCUAUUCCGCCUCCUUGCUUUUUAUCCUUUACACAGGACGUCGAAGCGUGUUUUUUUUCUGGUCCUAUUGCUACCGGUCGUAGUGAAAUGCGGAAGGUUUACUGCAGUAGUCCUCUAUCUCAAUUCCUUCACAAGGGGAAGUGGCCAGCUACCUAGUGUCUUGCUAGCCGCUGCAUCGACGUGGCCACGAAACCCGUACAUCAUGACUGAAUGGUCCCUUCAAAUGGUCGAUAACACGUACGCAUCUGUGUUUUUCCUUUACAAACUAUACGCUUGUCAAAAACCAGGAACCGUAAGCCUCAGGAGCAGGAGUCUGCUCUCAACCAUCCGAACACUUUUCCUUGUCGCUUUGGGAAACUUCAUCUUCCCGAUUAUCAUGAAUAUCGCGUCCAUUGUUUUGAUCGCCACUGAUCCGUCGUUUGUGAAUGGAUCCUAUAUACUACUCGCGAACAACUAUGUUGCGAUCUUAGGAGUGGUCUUUGCCACCAUCUGGACUAGAAAGCAAAGCUGGAUUCGAGGCGAGGACGACAAGACCCCACAAGACUCGUGCGAACCGGCUCGAAUGCCGAAGGCCACCCUUUCGACUAUUCAUUUUGGUGUACGGGAUGUUAGUUUAGUCACAGCAGGUGAUGUAGAGAUGGGUCAGCCAAAAUGAGGUUUCUCCGGACGCUGUGAUGACGUCUGAUGUCUGCAAAAGCCCUAUAAAGUCAUUAACUAGUCUCAAUCACAUUACUAAAAACCCGGUAUAUGUCUAACGUUGUCUAAAUAUCCAGUGAUUAUUCAAUACGCCUGUACAAUUACAAUUAAUUCCUUUAAUACAUCUAUUCGGUUCCCAGUCACAAUCCACUCUCUACAUCCACCAAUCCCAAACCUAUCCCUGCACCGAAUCGCAAAGUUUAGUUAUUGAAUCCACGCAG